AUGUUGACUCUGCCUUCCAUCAUAACUGUGCCUUGUGAAGUCAAGAAUGUAUUUCUAUUCCUUUCAGUUCUGGAGUUUGCAGCAGGAAUCCUGGCCAAUGCCUUCAUUUUCUUGGUUAAUUUUUGGGACGUGGUGAAGAGGCAGCCACUGAGCAACUGUGAUCUUAUCCUACUGUGUCUGAGCGUCAGCCGGCUUUUCCUGCAUGGGCUGCUGUUUCUGGAUGCCAUCCAGCUUAGCCACUUCCAGCGGAUGAAAGACCCACUGAGCCUCAGCUACCAAACCACCAUCAUGCUCUGGAUGAUCACAAAUCAAGCUGGCCUCUGGUUCGCCACCUGCCUCAGUCUCCUCUACUGCUCCAAGAUUGUCCGUUUCUCUCACACCUUCCUGCUCUGCUUGGGAAGGUGGAUCUCCAGGAAGAUCCCCAACAUGCUCCUGGGUGCUGUUCUUUUCUCCUGUGUCUGUACUGCCAUCUGUUUGUGGGACUUUUCAAGUAGAUCUCGCUUCACGGUCACAACUAUGCUAUUCAUGAAUAACAAUACAGAACUCAAUUUGCAAAUUACAAAACUCAAUUUCUUUCAUUCCUUCCUCUUUUGCAGCCUGGGGUCCAUCCCUCCUUUCUUAUUAUUUCUGGUUUCUUCUGGGGUGCUAAUUGUCUCCCUGGGGAGGCACAUGAGGACAAUGAGGGCCAAAACCAGAGAGUCUUGCGUUCCCAGCCUGGAGGCUCAUAUCAAAGCACUCAAAUAUCUCGUCUCCUUUCUCUGCCUCUAUGUGGUGUCAUUCUGUGCUGCCCUCAUCUCAGUGCCUUUACUGAUGCUGUGGCACAACAAGAUUGGAGUAAUGGUCUGUGUGGGGAUAAUGGCAGCUUGUCCCUCAGGACAUGCAGCCAUUCUGAUCUCAAGCAAUACCAAGCUGAGGAGAGCUGUGGAGGCCAUUCUGCUCUGGGCUCGGAGCAGCCUAAAGGUAAGGGCAGUUUACAAGGCAGAUCCCAGGACAUCAGGUCUAUGUUGA